UCCAACAGAAACGUCUCUUACACAAAUCCCAUCUUGUCAGGAUGGAAUAGCGACCCGAGUUGUGUCUUUGUGGCCGAACUUGACAAUACUACCUUUUGCAGUACUUCAUCUUUCCUUGCAUAUCCUGGUGCACCAGUCUACGCCUCGAAGGACCUCAUCAACUGGAAACUAGCAAGCAAUGUGAUCAAUCGCCCUGAGCAGCUUCCAACUCUCCAGACCAGCAACAAUAUCCAGGGAGGUGGUAUAUUUGCUUCUACCCUUCGCUAUCACAAUAGCACCUUUUACCUCAUCACCACCUACAUUCUGAGUCCCUUGCCUCCCACCUUCUAUAUCUUCACCUCCAAGGAUGCAACAAAUGACUCGGCUUGGUCAAUGCCAUUCGCUAUCGAGACUCCGUACAUCAUCGAUCCUGAUAUCUUCUUCGACGAUGAUGGCAGUGUUGUUGUCGCAUAUGCUGGUCACCCGAUCAAGGCGCAGAUCAUUGAUAUGAAGACUGGUAACGCCACUGAGACAUUCGACAUGUGGAAUGGCACUGGCAAUGGCUUCACUGAGGGACCUCAUAUUUACAAGAAGGAUGGGUACUACUACUUGUUGGUUGCAGAAGGCGGAACGGAGCUUGGUCACUCAGCUGCCAUCGCUCGAUCGAAAUCACUCAGGGGACCUUGGGAAGGGUCGCCAUCCAACCCUCUGGUCAGCAACCGCAGGACAAAUGAUUACUUCCAAUCAGUUGGACAUGCCGACCUCUUCCAAGAUGCUUCUGGCAAUUGGUGGGGAUGCGCUUUGGGUGUGCGAGGUGGACCUACACUCUACAAUCAGACCGUCUUCCCGAUGGGUAGAGAAACAUCGCUCUUUCCUGUUACCUGGCCCAAGGGGGGAUGGCCGGUUGCCAGUCAGGUUCGUGGCAGGAUGACUGGACCUUUGCCCUCUCCGACCCGUAACGUGAGCGGUGAGGGUUUGUUUGCAGGAGAAGCCGAUGUCGUUGACUUUGUGCCUGGCUCAGCUAUACCCAAGCAUUUCAAUUUCUGGCGUACUCCUGCAAGGCUCGAAUCAUUCACCAUCUCCCCAAAGAAUAGGCCCAACACGCUGAGAUUGACUGCCUCAAGAGCAAAUUUGACUGGACGGGCUGACUUCAAUGCUACUGACGGUUUGACACUGGUGAUGCGCCGUCAAGCACAUACACUCUUCAACUACACUGUCGACGUAGAACUUCUUAGCAAUGUUGCUCAAGAUGGCGAUGAAGUCGGCGUGACAAGCUUCCUGGACCAGUACCAACAUGUUGACCUCGGUGUUGUCUAUCUGUCUAAGAACAAGAAGGUGUCUCCAUAUCUACGCUUCAGAGCCACGACGUUUGGCAAGACCAACUUUACUGGAAUCGUUCCGGAAACCAAAAUUAUUGCCUUGCCUUCCGAC